ACGUCCCACGAGGUCCAAACGCAGAUAUUCGGACUGUCAUUCUGUGCCCCACAAACACCGACGACCCCCGAAUAUUAUUGAUAUUGCCAACAACCCUGCCCACUGGCUAAUGGUCCAUCACCAUCACCCAUGGAGUAUGGAUUCCCUCAUCGCUACAUCUCGAAACACGCUUCCCUAUCUGCGGAAUUUUUCAUAUCACACAACGAAUGGAACCCCAACUACGGAUGCCACCCCCGGUAUUUAGCUCCCACUCCUCAUCGCCAACACGCCGCUGCGACUCAGCGAGAGAAUGUGGUUGGCCGUGUCUACCUCCCGGCUUCAGUGUCCCAACGCGUCACAUCCACUACGGAUUCCACCCAUUUUGGGGCAGCUUUCACACACCAUUUCACUGCAAAGAUGGCGUGGAUCCACCAAUACAUCAGCAAGCCACCAAGCCUCUGCUUCUUUCAGAAAGAGCGAAUCUUGGCAUCUCACGAGGCCCAGGGGCUCGCCUAACGAUCGUUCCUUCGCUCCUGUUCCCGCUCUUGUCCCGUCCUCUCCUCCCAGUCAACUGGUAUGUUACCAAUACGAUUACCGUUUAUGGGUACGGUACACACGCAACCGCGCACUCUACGCUCUACAACGGACGUUGGAUAUCUGAAGAAGAUCCCUCUACACGUGUACGGGUACAGACGGUGAUACGCUAAGUAUUCAGUUACCCUGGACAUGAGAAGCACACACCAGCACCCGACUGGGCAAUGUGCGAAGCGUCGGGGGAUCGAGAACCCUGGCUCCUUCGGACUUGCCUGUCGAUCUUUCGUGGGACUCGACCGACAUCGCCGAAAACAAGAUCAGUAUCCGUAGUAGUACGCUGCACUGGAGAGAGUUGAGACCUACCAACAACCAGAGCGCUUGUUCGCGGAACUGCCCGCAAAAUGGCGCGCCGUUGCUCGCUUCGUCCCUGCCCCGGACGUGCGGUC